AUGCCUGGUGGUGCUGUAUCGCCCUCGGGCAGCGUCGAUGCCCGGCGCCUCGAGGCCCCGGUGACCGUCAAGACGUACUUGAUGUGCGCCUUCGCGGCCUUUGGUGGUAUUUUCUUCGGUUAUGACUCCGGUUACAUCUCCGGUGUCCUUGGUAUGGACUACUUCAUCACGACCUUCGAGAAUCUGGACAAAGCCACUACUUCCACCACCGCUUUCGUCGUCCCCUCCUGGAAGAAGUCUCUCAUCGUCUCUAUUCUCUCUGCUGGAACUUUCUUCGGUGCCCUGAUCGCCGGUGACCUGGCUGACUGGUUCGGUCGUCGGACCACGGUCAUUUCUGGCUGCUUUGUUUUCAUCAUCGGUGUUAUUCUCCAGACCGCCUCCAGCAGCCUGGGUCUCCUUGUGGCCGGUCGUUUGAUUGCCGGCUUUGGUGUCGGCUUUGUCUCCGCCGUCAUUAUUCUAUACAUGUCCGAGAUUGCGCCCCGCAAGGUCCGCGGUGCCAUCGUCUCGGGCUAUCAGUUCUGCAUCACCAUCGGUCUCAUGCUGGCAUCGUGUGUGGACUAUGCCACCGAGCACCGUACUGACUCUGGCUCCUACCGGAUCCCUAUCGCCCUGCAGAUGCUGUGGGCCCUGAUCCUCGGCACCGGUCUGUUCUUCCUGCCCGAGUCUCCCCGUUACUUCAUCCGCAAGGGCAACAAGGAGCAGGCCCGUGAGGUUCUCGCCCGCAUCCGUGGCCAGCCCGCCGACUCCGAGUACAUCGAGAUGGAGCUCAACGAGAUCGACGCCAACUUCCAGUACGAGAUGACUGUCAUCCCAGAUGGCGGAUACUUCAACAGCUGGUUCAACUGCUUCCGCGGGAGCCUCUUCCACCCCAACAGCAACUUGCGCCGCACCAUCCUCGGUACCUCCCUCCAGAUGAUGCAGCAGUGGACCGGUGUCAACUUCGUCUUCUACUUCGGCACCACCUUCUUCAAGCAGCUCGGCACCAUUCAGAAUCCAUUCCUGCUGACUAUGAUCACCACCAUCGUCAACGUGCUCUCCACCCCCAUCUCCUUCUACGCUAUCGAGAAGGUCGGCCGUCGCCCUCUUCUCCUCUGGGGUGCCCUGGGCAUGGUGAUCUGCCAAUUCAUUGUAGCCAUCAUCGGUGUCACUGACGGCAACAACCCUAAGGCUGUCUCUGCCAUGAUUGCCUUCAUCUGUAUCUACAUCUUUUUCUUCGCCAGCACCUGGGGUCCCGGUGCCUGGGUCGUCAUCGGCGAGAUCUUCCCUCUGCCUAUCCGUUCUCGCGGUGUCGCCCUCUCCACCGCCUCCAACUGGCUCUGGAACUGCAUCAUCGCCGUCAUCACCCCCUACAUGACCGAUGCCGACCAGGGCAACCUCGGCGCGAAGGUGUUCUUCAUCUGGGGCUCCCUGUGCACCUGCGCCUUCGUCUACACCUACUUCCUCAUCCCCGAGACUAAGGGCCUCACCCUUGAGCAGGUCGACAAGAUGAUGGAGGAGACGACUCCCCGCACUUCGGCCGGCUGGAAGCCCCACUCCACCUUCGCCGAGGAGAUGGGUGUCACCUACAGCGAGAAGGUCAUUGCUGCCCCCACGGUUGCUCAGGUCGAGGUCUAG